GAUGAAUGUAUUUGUUUAUUUUUACAUAAAUCUCAGCUAAAUAUCUGGCACCUCUGGACACAGAAUGUUUUAGAGUUAAUUGGUAUGUUGAUUGCUGAGAAAGCUACUUCAAAUAUAUAGUAUAAAUGGCAAAGGUAUGCUUAGGGCUAUUUCAGAAAUGACUGGAAAUUCUGUCCCAAUGCCACAUCAAAAGUCAUUGAACAAUGAAACUUCGGUCAGCAGCUCAGACAGCCAUUGAGGUACUCAUGUGUUCUUGCAUAAUCCAAUCUGAAGACACGGGGCUCACAUGCUGUAGAAUGGCAGCAGCCAAGAAGGAAAGGUCUUUGUUUUCCUUUAUUGAAACCAUCGUGUUCCUGUGAGAGCGGAAAACUCUGUACGUACGCCCAACAAAGACACUGCACUUGGUAAUGUGUGAUGGUCUCAGUUCUGAGAACCUAGGGCCAGGGAUUUCAGGCUGGUGCUGGCUUGGACAGGUCCCUCAGAGCUACCUUUCUGCCCCCAAAGCCUGUGAUGCAGAAGGCAGAGCGUUUCAGGGGGGGUGUGUGUGUGUGUGUGUGUGUGUGUGUAUGGUGCUCUUUAACCUUCUCAGCUCUCGCUGGGCUUUCCCUACAGGUCUGACAGCUUCAACGGCCAUGGCUAUCACCUCUUCCAAGCCAUGCGGUUCACCGUUGAGGAGAUAAACAACUCCACAGCUCUGCUUCCCAACAUCACCCUGGGGUAUGAACUGUAUGACGUGUGCUCAGAGUCUUCCAAUGUCUAUGCCACCCUGAGGGUGCUCGCCCAGCAAGGGACAGGCCACCUAGAGAUGCAGAGAGAUCUUCGCAACCACUCCUCCAAGGUGGUGGCACUCAUUGGGCCUGAUAACACUGACCACGCUGUCACCACUGCUGCCCUGCUGAGCCCUUUUCUGAUGCCCCUGGUAAGCUGAGCCGCGGGGAUCUCUAGGGUGGAGGGCAAUGGGAACUGCCAUCCUCUCUGAGGCUAGGCUGCCCUUGAUCUCUAGGAAGGGUUGCAGGCAUCUUGCCCGUCAUUGAUACUGCCCAGUCUUCCUGCCUGCCUCUCUCCAAGCUGCCUCCAGACUUCUGCCUCAGCCAUCAUGGGGAGAGCCCAUACUUUUAAAAAUUUUUUGUUUUAAGACAGGGCCUUACUAUGUUAGCCUGGCUGUCGUGGAACUCACUAUGUAGGCCAGACUGGCCUCAAAUUCACAGAGCUCCCCUGCCUCUGCCUCAGCCUCCCAAGUGCUGGGAUUAAUAAGGCGCCCAGGACUUGCCUGGCCCUCGGGUGGCCCUCUGGAGGUAUUGCUGCCCAGUUGCUCACUCUCUGUGCCUUCUUCCCAUCCACAGACUCCACUGCCUGAUAUCCCAACAUCCUUUACUUCCCACAUUAGACACUGUAUCACCUGCUGGCUUGCCUUCCUUCCUUGCUGUCCCUUGGUGGUUCUGUACCCCCUAAGCCUGGACCCCGCUGUGCUCGGCAGUCUAAGCACAGGGAGAUCCCUCUUCUGGGUCCUCUGUGCUUAUUACAUGUCUGGCUCUCCCUGCCCCUUGCCAUUGAGCUUCCUAGAACACACUGGUGUAGCUUCCUUGGCUCUUCCAUUUUGCGCCUCAGCCUUGGAUUCUGUCCUUACUUGAUCCAGCUGUAGCAGGAACACCUUGCAGAGCUCUGAACCCAAUGAGCCAAUGAGCGCUUGCCAUGCCUUUACCCUGCAUGGUUCCUUUGUGACAUGCCCGCCUGCCCACCUGCUCCUUGCAUGGUGCUGUCCUUGGCUUCAUGUCCUCUCCACUCAUCUUUGCGUUCAGGUCAGCUAUGAGGCGAGCAGCGUGAUCCUCAGUGGGAAGCGCAAGUUCCCGUCCUUCUUGCGCACCAUCCCCAGCGAUAAGUACCAGGUGGAAGUCAUAGUGCGGCUGCUGCAGAGCUUCGGCUGGGUCUGGAUCUCGCUCGUUGGCAGCUAUGGUGACUACGGGCAGCUGGGCGUACAGGCGCUGGAGGAGCUGGCCACUCCACGGGGCAUCUGCGUCGCCUUCAAGGACGUGGUGCCUCUCUCCGCCCAGGCGGGUGACCCAAGGAUGCAGCGCAUGAUGCUGCGUCUGGCUCGAGCCAGGACCACCGUGGUCGUGGUCUUCUCUAACCGGCACCUGGCUGGAGUGUUCUUCAGGUCUGUGGUGCUGGCCAACCUGACUGGCAAAGUGUGGAUCGCCUCCGAAGACUGGGCCAUCUCCACGUACAUCACCAAUGUGCCCGGGAUCCAGGGCAUUGGGACGGUGCUGGGGGUGGCCAUCCAGCAGAGACAAGUCCCUGGCCUGAAGGAGUUUGAAGAGUCCUAUGUCCAGGCAGUGAUGGGUGCUCCCAGAACUUGCCCAGAGGGGUCCUGGUGCGGCACUAACCAGCUGUGCAGGGAGUGUCACGCUUUCACGACAUGGAACAUGCCCGAGCUUGGAGCCUUCUCCAUGAGCGCUGCCUACAAUGUGUAUGAGGCUGUGUAUGCUGUGGCCCACGGCCUCCACCAGCUCCUGGGAUGUACCUCUGGGACCUGUGCCAGAGGCCCAGUCUACCCCUGGCAGCUUCUUCAGCAGAUCUACAAGGUGAAUUUCCUUCUACAUAAGAAGACUGUAGCAUUCGAUGACAAGGGGGACCCUCUAGGUUAUUAUGACAUCAUCGCCUGGGACUGGAAUGGACCUGAAUGGACCUUUGAGGUCAUUGGUUCUGCCUCACUGUCUCCAGUUCAUCUAGACAUAAAUAAGACAAAAAUCCAGUGGCACGGGAAGAACAAUCAGGUGCCUGUGUCAGUGUGUACCAGGGACUGUCUCGAAGGGCACCACAGGUUGGUCAUGGGUUCCCACCACUGCUGCUUCGAGUGCAUGCCCUGUGAAGCUGGGACAUUUCUCAACACGAGUGAGCUUCACACCUGCCAGCCUUGUGGAACAGAAGAAUGGGCCCCUGAGGGGAGCUCAGCCUGCUUCUCACGCACCGUGGAGUUCUUGGGGUGGCAUGAACCCAUCUCUUUGGUGCUAUUAGCAGCUAACACGCUAUUGCUGCUGCUGCUGAUUGGGACUGCUGGCCUGUUUGCCUGGCGUCUUCACACGCCUGUUGUGAGGUCAGCUGGGGGUAGGCUGUGCUUCCUCAUGCUGGGUUCCUUGGUAGCUGGGAGUUGCAGCCUCUACAGCUUCUUCGGGAAGCCCACGGUGCCCGCGUGCUUGCUGCGUCAGCCCCUCUUUUCUCUCGGGUUUGCCAUUUUCCUCUCCUGUCUGACAAUCCGCUCCUUCCAACUGGUCAUCAUCUUCAAGUUUUCUACCAAGGUACCCACAUUCUACCACACUUGGGCCCAAAACCAUGGUGCCGGAAUAUUCGUCAUUGUCAGCUCCACGGUCCAUUUGUUCCUCUGUCUCACGUGGCUUGCAAUGUGGACCCCACGGCCCACCAGGGAGUACCAGCGCUUCCCCCAUCUGGUGAUUCUUGAGUGCACAGAGGUCAACUCUGUGGGCUUCCUGGUGGCUUUCGCACACAACAUCCUCCUCUCCAUCAGCACCUUUGUCUGCAGCUACCUGGGUAAGGAACUGCCGGAGAACUAUAACGAAGCCAAAUGUGUCACCUUCAGCCUGCUCCUCCACUUCGUAUCCUGGAUCGCUUUCUUCACCAUGUCCAGCAUUUACCAGGGCAGCUACCUACCCGCGGUCAAUGUGCUGGCAGGGCUGGCCACUCUGAGUGGCGGCUUCAGCGGCUAUUUCCUCCCUAAAUGCUACGUGAUUCUCUGCCGUCCAGAACUCAACAACACAGAACACUUUCAGGCCUCCAUCCAGGACUACACGAGGCGCUGCGGCACUACCUGAUCCGCUGGGGCUGUUGAGAAUGGGCAGAUGAGAUGGGCUGAAGGUGGCGGGUCGAGUGGGGCGGAGAGCUUGAGGUGUCUGGGAGAGCUCAGCCACGGCUUGCGAUGUAUAAGCACACAGAAGGAUCCAGUGCAAUAAAGACGUGAAACGUG